GUAACAUUUUCCGCUUUCGUUUCUUGGUUUCGAAAUAUGAAUUUCCAUCAUUGAUCAAGAAGUACUUUGCUUUUCUCCGAAUCGAGAAGUACGCAUUUACUUGCAAAGUCGACUCAAAUUGCUAGAUGCUUUGCUAUUGAAGCGUUGCUUGAUAAAUAACGGAUUUAUUCAUUUUAUAAGGUAACGAAAAUUACAUUUAUUUACACCUGUAAAGGUUUAAUACUGCAUGAAAUCGCACUAGGCUUCCGCAUCGAAUUGAAUUUAAAACGCGCUGUUUUUCACAAAACAAAAUAAUUAUAUUGACCAAUGUUUAAUUCUCUUGUAGGAAAACAACCAUUAAUCAGAAAAGCACAACAAUGGAUCAAGCUUACACAAGUGAUGAGCCUACAGGGAGAAAAUUAAUUGCUGUAGCGUCGGAUCAAGGUCAAGAAAACCCAUGUUCGAUAUCCGAUGAUAUAAAUGAUACUCCUAGUACCAACCAAGUAAAACAAAGACAAACCAGCAGCGAGCGAUCACCUUUGAUCAGACCAAGACGAUCGACCGACCUAACUGAAGAUACACUUAGCCGAGAUAACAGCGACAGCGGUGUACCCAGAGUUCGGUAUGGCUCAAUCCCCUUGAGACGCACUCCACCAAUAGAAAUACAGACUAAUUCCGGAUUUGCUGAGAAAAUUAAAAAAACAUUGUCACAACCGACCAAUAGCAUAAUGUCGCUGUUGCUGAUUAUAGUUAUUGACGUAGUGUUGGUUUUUGCGGCAAACCUCAAAACGGAUCGCAAAGGGAUGCAAGUUAAACCUCAGCACGUAUUGGUUUACUUGAUGCUUUUAAUAUCUAUAUUUGUUGCAUGGACAUGUAUUGCCGUUAUCCCACAGAAACUACGUUACUCGAGCCAGCUUGAUGGCACCCUUAUCCCAAGUCAUUUGCUAACAGGCGUUGGUAUCUUUGGAACUUUCACCGCUACAUCACAUAUUUUACUUUUUUUGGAUUUUAUAAAGUGUAGUGCACAAGUUAAUGGUCUUAGCUAUGUAUAUGCUGUUUAUCCUUUAUUCAAGAUUACCUUUGUGUAUUUUCAAAUGUAUUUUUUCUAUAAGCUCUCUCGUGACGGGAUUCGUCAUUCUGGUCUUCCCGGUGGUGUGUUCUUCGUGAUGAUUACCUUGGCAACAAACUUAUGCAUAUGGGCCUCGGUUUUCUUCAACGAUGCGACUUCUAAUCCAAAACUUCGACAUAUCUCUUGGUUAAACCAUUACUAUUACGGAGUUGAAAAGCACGACCUUUGUGCAAACGAGAGCUUAACGAGCCCGGGUGCUCGUGAGUUGCAUGCUCUUGUUGCUAGCUUUUCACCGUACAUUAGCACAUUUUCAAUGGAGUAUGCCCUGUUAGCUUCGGGUCUCUUGCUACAUAUUUGGAUGGUGAUUAAGAAACCCAUUCCCAAAAUACCGAAAUCCAGAAACCAGCGGUGGACCCUUUGGCGCGUUGGGUUCAUAAUUGGUCUUCUUGCAAUUCCUGUUGUUUUUGUUGCUUAUAUGAGGGAACAAACUACGUUGAAAGUUGCUGCUCCUAAAGUGACUUUAUAUGUUCUCAAGGCAUGCUUUUUUUUUGCAUUAAUGCCCCUUUGUUGGAAGUGUAUUCAGUUGGUUAGCGAGAAGUCGGGUUUCGUUAAAAAGAAAAGACCAAUGAAACUGGAAAUAAUUUUGUUGGGCAUCUCUGCAUUUCUUGGUUUCCCCGCCUUUGAUCUGGCUUCUGGUUUUGCUGCCAUUUGCGAAUGGCGGAAUUUCCCAAUAGUUGAGAUCAUUUGGUAUGCUAUUUGUUACUUGUGUGAGUUGUUUUCAAUCUCUCUCCAGUUUUUCUUUAUCAAAAAAGCAUACCAGUAUAAACUCCCCAAAGUUGCUGGUGAAAAGGUUAAAAAAGCAGCUAUGUUUAUUCGUCAAUAUGCCUCCUUUGCGCUCGUCAUUAGCAUUGCUUACUGGGCUGCAAAAACCUAUGAGCUUCGCCGCACUUCUGACGACCCUAGCAUUGCCGAGAAAUUCUUUGGCAAGUACACUUGGUUUGCGCUUAGCCACUUCUCCAUGCCUCUGUGCGUCUUUUUCUAUUUCCAUCUGGCCAUUUGUUAUGCAAAUGUUGUCUUUUCCUUCAGUCAGUUUGGGCCUCUGUGGUCAAGAAAUGAAAUGGAGGAUUGAUGAAUAGUUGGUUAACUGAAAAUUAUCGAUAUACAGUAGGCUUAGAACCUUAGAACCUUUCAAUGUAAAUAAUUGGUAUGAACUGUUGUUUUAAUGCACAGCUCAUAAUUAAGUAAAUAAAGUGUGGUACUGUCUACUGGUCUGUAACACUCUUGCUCCCCAAGCCUGUGAUCCUCGGGAAGGAACGCGAGGCUCUGGGAUAAUCUGUUUCAGGGAGGAAUCUGAUUGGCCGAAAUUGGCCGUUGAAAUGGAUGCGCAGUUCAAUCUUAGCCAGGAUUCCUGGCUUCUGGCAACAGAUUAUCCCAGAGCCUCGCGUUCCUUCCCAAGGAUCGCAGGCUCGGGAAACGAGAUUGGGUCUGUAAUAGCUUGUGUCUGAGCUUUGUUUACAUUUUUGUCACCUGUAAGUAAUGAACCUUAGUAUAUAAACAAAUUAGUGAGAUCCUGCUUUCAGAAAAAGAAACUAUAGGUAACAUGAUCUCAUCAGGCUUUGCAUUUUGCAAGAAUGGUAGAACCCUAUAAUUAAACUGUGUUUGCACUACAAGCUGGUGACUCCAAUCUAGUUCUAUUAACCAUGCUCCAAUGUAAGCAUGGUUGGUGCACAUACAAUAAGUACCAGAUUUUGAAAUGGUAAUUUUGUAAAAUGUUAUGGUAUUUUCCAUGAACUUUUUGACAAUGUUUUUGUUGUUAAUUAAACAAA